AUGACGCUACGAGAUGAUGAGAAAGAUGCCUCCUCCCAUGGACCUGUUGCCGUCCAGGAGACCAGUGUCCUCGGCAACACCACUUCCAACAAUGACAACAACUCGUCACCAAUUGUCAUAAACACUGCUCAUGACGUCGAGCUGGCGGAAGAGGAAAAAGAUUACGGACCUCCCCCAGACGGCGGUCUCCAAGCGUGGCUCCAGGUCCUCGCAACACACCUCAUCAACGCCAUGACCUGGGGCUACGCUGCCUCUUUCGGCGUCUACCAGCUGUACUACGUCGAGACACUCGGCCUCCCAGCGUCCCAAGUCUCGUGGAUCGGCUCCGUGCAAAUCUUCUUCACCUAUGUCAUCUGCGCCGUGUCCGGCCGCCUCGCCGACGCGGGCUACACGCGCGAGACGGUCGCGGUAGGCACCUUCAUGGCCGUCUUCGGCACCUUCAUGACCAGCCUGGCGACGACGUACUGGCAAAUCUUCCUCGCCCAGGGCGUGUGCAUCGGCUUCGGCCUGGGCGUGGCCUUCAUGCCGGCCAUCUCCGUGCUGAGCUCCUACUUCGACAAGAACAGGGCCUUUGCGCUGGCCGUCUCGGCGGUCGGCACCUCGAUUGGCUUCCCCUGGGCGGUGCGCUGCGCGGGUUUCCUGGCGCUGGCCAUGGCCGUGACUGCAAAUAUCCUGCUCAAGCCAAGGUUGCCGCCGCGCAAGUCGGGCCCUCUGUUUGAGAUUGGCGCCUUCUCGGAGCUGCCGUACCUCUUGUUCUCCAUGGCUGCGUUUGUAUACUUUUAUGCUCUCUACUUUGUCUUCUUCUAUAUUAACAGUUACGCCCGUAACGUCAUUGGCUUCUCCAACGUUGACUCCAUCAAUCUCCUCAUUAUCACGAAUGCCAUGGGCAUUCCCGCGCGGCCGAUUGUAGGAUUCCUCGCGGACAGAUACACCGGCCCCAUCAAUCUCUUCGUCACGGCCACCUUUGUGGUAAGCAUAAUGCUGUACUCCUGGAUCGGAGUCACAACCCGGACGGGCAUGUAUGUCUUUAGCGUUGUCUACGGCUUAUCUAUCGGGGCCAACCAGGGCACGUUUGUCGCGUCCCUGACGAGCUUAACCAAAGACCCGCAGAAGAUGGGCAUUCGGUUUGGCAUGGUAGAAACGCUGUGCUCGCUGGCAACGGUGGCCGGAGCUCCAACCGCAGGCGCCAUUAUCGACCACAACAACGGCGACUUUUUCUGGGCACAGAUAUGGGGAGGAACUGUCAUGGCUGCAGCAGCGGUCAUCUUUGUAGCAUGUCGCAUAUCUGUGACCGGAUGGAGAUUCAAAGUCAAGGUUUAG